UUAUAUAGGUACUAUAGCAGGUAUAGGCUAGAGCUAUAAUAUUCGAUUGUUCUAUGAUACCUACUAUAGGUAGUAGGUAGGUACUAUACGUAGUCCAUCGUACUGCCAUUAUGAUAGCCAUUAUUAUUGUAUAUUUUCUUAUCAAUGGCCAACUUCAUACAAUCACACACAUUUAUGGCGGUUAAAGUUUAUUUUAUACAUAUUUUUGUUGCAAAAAAAAAAAUUUUUAUCAAAGUAUACAAAAAUAUUAAUAGAGGUUCUAAAUCAACAAAAAAUGGAUAGUUAAUCAGUAAUCUUAUGAAUAAUGAUUAAAAAUGAUUUAUUUGAUAAUCACGGAUCUCGGAUCAGUUAAUUAUUGUUAAUAAAUAAUAAAAUACUUAACAUAAAUAAUAUUAUGUUAGGAACAUUACAAUGGUGAUUUUUACUAAGGAUUUAGGUACCUACCUAUUAUAUUAGGAAAUAAGUAGUUUUUAAAGUACCUAGGUAAUUUCUUUUUCAUAACUCUUCAACUUUUCAUACAAAAUAUGAAUGAUUCCAAAGAUGCUCAAUUAAAUGGAACUAGAAAUUGGAAAACACGUCCCCGUCAAAUCCAAGAAAAAUGGAAUACUCUUGCUGUUUUCAAAGAUGAUAAACUAGUUUUAAUGAAGUUUAAUAAUACGGUAAAUGAAAGUGAUCAAAAUGAAACUCUAUGUGCUAGUAUUGGAUUGCAAAUACAAAAUAUAUUAAACAAAUUAUGUAUAUGUAGCGUUAAUGGACAAUUACCUUUAGAAAAUCAUGAAACUACAAACAUUUUUAAUUUACAAACGUACAUUACUACUAAAUUGUUAGAAAAAUGUUCAAGUAGCGUUAAUAAAGAACAGUUUAUUCUUAUUAAUAAUAUUACUAAAGUGUUGAAUAUUGGAAAAAUAUUCAAAAAUUUAAAAUCUAAUACAUCAAAGAUUGUGCAGCUACUACAAAUAUCUCGAUUAGAAGAUCGUCUUAAAAAAUUGGAAGUAAAUAUUGGAUCUGAAAAAUCAAUUUUGAUGCGCUUAGCUGAUAGCAACAACAGUGAUGGAUUGGUUGAGGCCGUUUACAUAUUAAGAGAACUGUCCAAACUAAUUUUACCUCAAAUUAAUGUAAUUGAAUCCAGAAUUGUUUACUUAUUACCUAAGUUAAAACAAAUUACUUCAAAAAAACUUGAUCAAAAUUUAGAAGUACAUGAAAAAACGAAUAAACUCUAUGAAUUUAUUUUAAGAGAAAGAGAAAAAUCAAAUUUGUUACCACAUACUAUACAAAGAAUGACCAUUUUAGAAAUUUUUCGUCAUAAAGUUGAGAAAUUUGCUGUAACAAUGAACAAUCUCAGAACUCAAUAUUCAGAAACUUCUAAAACUCUCAAGAACAAUGAGCUAUUACUUAAUAAUAUUGAAACUUAUAUACCUAAACAUUUAGCAAGUGUGGUUUCCAAUUUGCAAUCCUUAAAUGCUCGAAUAGAAGUGUUUGAUGAUCGAUUGAAAAAUAUUGAAAUGUAGUAAAAUUUUACAAAAUCAUCUUGGUACAUUUGAUCCUUUACAAUUUCAAUACUUACUACAAAAAAAAUGUAUGUAUAAUAAUAUGAUUAUAUACAAUAUGUAUGUUUGAAAAAUUGA